AUGAGCCAGCUGCUUCAAGGCUGUCUGGAGGGAGAAGAGGAGGGAGCGACGGCUGGGCUGAAGAAGACAGUGAGGUGUGUGUUAGUGUGCCCGAGCAGCCGACAGGGGCUGGACAGGCUGGAGCAUGCGCUGACCCAAGCCAUGGACGGCAGGAUGUCUGUGGAUAUCAUUCGAGUACAGGUGAGAACGGCUGCACACGUUUCCUGUCCAUGUACUCAAUGAUUGAUGUCUGGAUGGGUCUGUGCCCUUGAUUGCAGAAUGACGGCAUCAUCCGCUUGCCGAGCGAUGAGGCCGGGAGCAGCAAAAGUGGCUCUUUGGUCAAUGGAAGGGAUGAGUACUGUGUCUUCGUGUGUAGUCUAUGACUGACCAACACUGACCCCCCUGCAUGUAAGUGACGAUGAGCUGGAUCAGCGAGGAAGAGCUCAUUAUUAGCGUCCCAGGAUCAGAUAGAUUGAGUCGUGCAGUCAUUCUGCGGCUUGCUAUCCUCGCGAUGAAUGCGAGCGGGUGCUUCCUGUUGCGUGCCGUUCGUUUGAUUGUGCUGAAAGCCAUGGACUUGGCCAUUCCGUGAAACUGCUCGCGAAGAAUGCGAGCUUUCCGUAAAGGGGAGGAGAGGAGGAGAGAGGGGAACCACUACAUGCCAGCGCCCUUCCAGAGGUCUUAUGAUCUGCUCCACGAGAUCUUUACCCGGCCAAGCUGAGCUCUGACGUCUGGGAUUCCCUGCACACGUCCAAUUCUCUUCGCUGGUCAAAGAUGGGCUCCACAUCCAUAAGCAGCGAAGCCAGACUUGUUCGGUUAGCGUCGACGCUUAGCGAACGGAUUCGACAGGAACAAAGCCCACAGAAACACCCUUUCCGUCUGUGUCUGCCGUGCACUGCAGCCAGUCACUAUGGUCUGUUCUCGGCAAAGACGAUGACGCCAGCGAGGAGGCCGUCAUUGCAUUCAUCUGCGAGACCAUCGUUGAGGAGCUCAAGUCGAGGAGUGUCGUUCUCAUUGAUGAUAUCACAGCCCUUGUGGAGUCGCUGCUGCUGGAGGGGCUCGACGAGACCGACCGGGAGCUGAGUGAGAUCUGCAUCAGCCAAUUGGCAAGCGACGGCGUCCUUGCAAAGCUGGGAGGCGAGAAUGACGACGAUGACGAGGCGGCUCAGGUCGGUGAUGAGUGCCAGGCAAUCAUGAAGGAGGACGGGGAAUGGCACGGUGCCGUGGUGGAGAGGCUCCCCGAUGACAAAGCCAUGGCCAGUGACAGGGACGGUGAAGCUCUCUACACUGUUCGCUUCUCCCAGUACGGCAACCUCCAGCGGACGAGGCGGUCGGACCUUCGGCUGCACCACGAGCUGGCGGAUGACGGGGACACUGAGGGAGAGUGUGAGCUUUGUUUGAAGCGCCUGCCGCUGACCAAACAUCACGUCAUUCCCAGGAGCACACACGUGAGGAGUGCGUGGCAUUGCAGUGUUAUUGUGGAGCUGUCUGUCUGUCUGUCUGUCUGUCUGUCAUGGUUUGUAUGAUUGCAGGCUCAUUGGCUGAAGAAGGGCAUGACGCAGCAGGAGCUCUCCCAAGGCAUCAUGAUUUGCCGACCGUGCCAUGACGUCACACACAGAAUCGCAGGUACACAAGAGUGGCUGCUGAGGCCGGCCGUACACGAGAGUGCUCGUUGACAUGAUUGAUGUGUCUGCGUGUGUGUCUGUGUGUGUCAGAUCACAUGACUCUUGCGACACAGUACAGGACAGUGGACCAGCUGCGUGACAACGAGGUGAUGCGGAAGUGGCUGGCCUUUGCCCAGAAGGGACGCGGGGGAACCAGACAGAGAAGGGCAAGCAGACGGUAG